CAUGAAGUCUCUGGUGUACCUGAUAGCCCUUGUGCUUUACAACACCAAUAUGCAAGGAUGGCAACUGAAAAAAUGCAAAACUGACAAAUUUGCUGAGAUAUACUCCGUUUGUUCUGGCAGUCAGGCUGCUUUUUUUUAGCGACCAUGUCACAGAUAUCAAAGUGGAUACUGCUGGUCUUCCAUCUGACAUUCAAAACCUGUGUAUCACCAUGGAAAGAGGCAAACCACAUGGAUCUCUUGUUAAUGGCUCUUUUUCACACUUCACUUCUCUGGAGUACCUUCAGAUCUUCGGCUGUUUUGCUCACAUUCAUCCUGGAGCAUUUCGGGGACUUUCCAACCUGAGAAGAUUAGACCUUCAGGCUGAAAAAUGUUGUGAGAUUGUAAUGUCACGUCAGGUUUUUAAGGACCUUCCUCAGCUGAAGGAACUGAAUAUUGCCCUUUUAAAUCUGUCAGCAGUGGCAACUGAUAUAUUUUAUGAUCUUGCCCAAAUGGAGAAAAUUUCUUUUUAUAAUCUAUGCAGUUCUGUCUUUUCGAAACUAAUAUGUGUAAUAAUAAAUUUAACAUCUUUAAACGAGUUUGUUUUUAGAACAAACGAGGAGGAGACAUUAGAAUACCCUAACUGCACCCAUAAAAAUGAAUCUGUUUUUCCACGUAUCUUAGUAGCCAAGCUAUUUUUUUCCAGAAUUAAACAUUUUCAUCAGGGAGCACUGGACCUUUUUCAAAACCUGUCUAAUUUAGAAUUUAGUUAUAAUGACAAGUUACUCAGUUGCCUUCCCAGAUCUGGUGUCAAGAGUGUAGAUGUGUUCCGUUAUUGUACUGACAUGCUUGUUGUGGAAGAUGUUUGCAUGGUUGUGUCCAAAUUGUCAACUAAAAACCUUACAUUAUAUUUCCAAACUGCUAGUAACUUCUCACAGUUUAAGAAUGAUAAUUGCACUGUACUUAAACAGUUGAUUAUUAAGGCAGGUAAGACACAACCUAUGAACUUGAGCUUCAUCUAUUUUAUGACAAACCUUACUACCUUAGAAAUUGAUGGCGAAGGAUUGGAUACAUCACAUUUCAGAGCUAUUUGUACCUCGCCAUUGAAGGUCACUCAGCUGACUGAGUUAACUGUUAAGUCAGCUUCAGUCAGUAAGAUAUUUAGCCAUCAGUUCAGUUGUUUAGUUAAUCUUAAAAUGUUGAAUAUAACGUGUUGUUCUGUCUCUGAAAUUGAACCUUUUGCUUUUAUGGAAUUAGUCUCAUUAAGGAUCCUGAACCUCCAGUAUAACAACAUCAGUGUGAUUAGUGCUUAUGUUUUUGAUGGGUUGUACAACAUUUUGGUGCUGGACCUUAAGAAUAACCCAUUGUUUCGGAUUGAAGAAAUGGCAUUCCGACAUCUUCUGAAUCUUCAAGAAUUAUAUUUUAGUCACUUUAGAUCAUCGCCAACAGGCUUUGUAUUUAGAUGGAAUUUAACAGACAUAUUUGGUAGUAUUCCAAAACAGCUGGCCUAUCUGUACUAUGAGUAUAUAGUACCAAUGGAGCUGAUUAUUGGUUCGAACAUGACUUUAAACCAGAAGCUUACCUUGCAUGUUCGGUCAGUUACUUUGAGUAUUGAGGACUGUGGACGUCCAUUUUUUGAGUCAGUCACCACUCUUUUUGCAAGAACCAAACACGUCCUUUGUGGAUCGGAAUUCAUAGGGAAAUACAUUAAAAAUAUAGAGAACUUAUGGUAUUUGUCUCACUUUUCAGACAAAAUUGGAGAUUUGACAAGUCUUAAUGAGCUUGUUCACCUCAAGGUAUUGAGACUUGAUAAUAUGGACCUUUCAAAGCAGUCAAAUAUUGCUGUUAUGUUUCACAACCUGACAAAGCUGGAGAAGCUAAUGUUGUUUUACUGUAGACUUUUCAGUGUUGAUGGCACUUUAACAAAAGACUUGAAAUCACUGAGGUUUUUACAGCUGACAUUCCGGGAUUAUGUCACUGUAUAUAGUGGUUUUUUUGAACCUCUCACCAGUUUAAAGAAUUUAGGAAUAUAUGACCUUCAGCUCUUCUGCAAUUGUGAUAACGUUGACUUUUCCAAGUGGGUGAAGGAGAAUAAGAAAGUGCAGGUUGAAAUCAUGAAUCCAGAACUAGAUGAACUGCAGUGUUUAUCAAACAAUGGCUUAGACAGGCCCAAUUUACAGGUUUUUGGAAAGCAGAUCUGCUUUUUUGAGCUGGACUUUGUGCUCUUUGUUUUGACUUCACUGGGUGUGAUCUUCUUCAUGUUGGUAGUACUGAUACAAAGAAUAGCUGUGUAUUACAUUUAUUCCCUAUACCAUAUUGGUCGUGCCUGGUUUGAGCAAGCUGUGAGAAAAGACAGGAUGGUGCAAUACCACUAUGAUGCCUUUGUUUCUUACAGCAGUAAAGAUGAGAACUGGGUAGUGAAUGAGCUUUUGCCUAGCCUGGAGCAACGAGGACCACCCUUUCUUCGUCUUUGCCUACACAGCAGGGACUUCCAGCUGGGGAAGGACGUUGUGGAGAAUAUCACGGACAGCCUCUAUGAAAGUCGUUACACACUUUGUCUGGUCAGCCGCAAUUAUUUAUGCAGCCACUGGUGCUCUUUGGAGAUGCGUCUGGCAACCUGUCGGUUGCAGGUGGAACAUAAAGAUGUCCUCAUUCUGGUUUUCCUGGAGAAAAUCCCUUCCCACCUGUUGUCUGCGCAUCACAGGCUGGCUCGACUGGUGAAGUCAAGAACGUAUCUCGACUGGCCUCAGGACCCAAAUCAUCAUAAUGCAUUCUGGGAUAGACUGUGGGACAAACUGAAGCCUGACGCCGUGAUAUGAGGACAUGAAUGUUGUAGAUGACUGUGCAUUUAGACUAAGACAUAUAAAACACAUGCCCAAGUGCAUGAAGUGACCAGAAUCCCAAUAUGUGUCAUAUCCUGAUGUCUAAAAUUGGAAUUUAAUUGCUUGUCUUUGUGCUGUGUUUAUGUAAUUUGGGUUGGUUGAAAAAUUUGUGAUGAGCCUCUCACAAACAAGACUUUGUUUGAAUGGUAUGUGUAACUAAGGGAAAAAUAUAAAAUUAUUGAGUUUACUAUAUAUAUAUAUAUAUAUUUACUAUUAUGCACAUCUGUACUGUACAUAUAACUCCUAGUACAUAAGAUCAUUUUAUUAAAAGGCUGUAGGGACGAUGCAUCUUCAUACAAAACUACUUCUUCUUUUUCUAGUUUCUGUUCUUGUUUCCAUCGCUGUAUGAAAUGUCUGCUUUCUAUUUUUCGAGUUAUCUUGCUUGAACAGAAAAAGCAGUUCCAGGUCUUUUUUAUGUUUGCUAAUAGAGCCUACAUACUGUACUGUGCAACCAUUUAACAGAAAUUUACAGAAGGCUCAACAACAAAAUAUUUUUUUAGUUAGUUUGUCCACCCUUUGCCUUUAUUACUGCUCCUGUUCUUUUUUUGGGAGAUUUGCUUUCAGUUUUUCAUGUAAAUCUGCAGGUAUAUUUUUCCACACUUCCAAAUCUCAGGUUUAGAAGCUGGUUACUUCCAAAAACAUUCAGUAAUGUUGAUGUAUGGGCUGGGGGGUGGUCAAUCCACACCCGUAUCUUCUUUGAUUUGCAAUUUUUCUUCCUUUCUGAGAAAUAGCUUCUUGGGAACUACACAUCAUUUUAGACCCUUUAAAUUUGUUAAAUUUCAGGUUGGAUUUUAGCACAGCAUUGUAUCCCUAAGUAAAGGGUUUGUCUAGCUGAAAGACAACCCUAGCCUUUCUUUCCCUUUAUCCCUGUGAAAUACUGAUUAGGCCUAAUAAACUUUGGAGAAAAUUAUUGA